UCAGGCGCUACGCGGAAAACCCCAGCCUGCUCUAUAUUGCGGGUCCUCAGUCUGUUCCCUGCUUUCUCGAGCACGGACUGUUUGCAAUGGCGGAUUACGACAACUACGAUGACCGGGAUCGGGCUUACGGCAGCUUUGGAGGGGGACGAGGGUCCCGAGGAGGGGGCGGUGGUUCAGGAGGACCCCGCAGACAGAAGGAUUUGCCCACAGAGCCCCCCUACACAGCGUACGUAGGAAACCUGCCCUUCAACACUGUGCAGGGAGACAUAGACGUCAUCUUCAAGGAUCUCAGUAUGAGGAGCGUCCGGCUAGUCCGAGACAAAGAAACAGACAAGUUUAAAGGUUUUUGUUAUGUAGAAUUUGACGACUUGGAAUCCCUAAAAGAAGCCUUGGCAUACGAUGGCGCUCUCUUGGGUGAGCGUUCUCUCCGAGUGGAUAUAGCAGAAGGACGUAAACAAGAGAAGGGUGCUGGUGGCUUUGGUUUCAGAAAACCUGGCAUGGAAGACAGAGGCCGUGGAGGCUCCCGUGGACCCAGGGGAGGGGGCAGGGACACCAGAGAUUCCAGAGAGGAGUUCAGCAACUCUGGAGGUUUUCGAGACGAUGACUUCCGAGGUGGCGGUCGCCCCGGCGACAGGCGAGAUGGAGCAAGUGCUGGUGGGGGGAUGAGCCGGUUCAGAGAAGGACCCCCCCGUGGGUCCUCCACAGACUUCAGAGAGCCAUCAGAAGAGGAGAGAGCGCAGAGACCACGCCUCCAACUGAAACCUCGCACGGUCGCCGCUCCUCUUAACCAAGUCGCCAACCCCAACUCUGCCAUAUUCGGCGGGGCCAAGCCCCGGGAGGAGAUUUAAUAAAUCCGUGCAGCUGCAUUAUUCUGGAAGGCUAUACUGUGGAUCGACUGGCCAUGUUCACCAAAAAUCUUUCAAAGACUGCUCCCAAAGACUCCCCGCUGGUUAGGAAACUGGUUUCUCGCCCCUCUGCUGGUACACAAUGAAUGCCCAUGCCUGGUGCCAUGUCAGGGGUAGCCUUGGCAGCGACAUUGGCACGUCACCCCCAACCCUCCUUGUGUACCAACAUCAAAUACGAGUGCCACCGACAGUGGCUUCAGUUUGAUUCUGUUGCCUUUGGGUAAGGACUUUAAGAGGUUUAAUCCCCACCCCACCCCCCCACCCCCAAGGUUUAAUAUUUUCUAACAUGGUAAUAAAACAGACUAUUAAUAAGACAAGAUGGACAAAGCAAAUUUGCAUUGUCUGGGGGAAAAUAUAUAUAUAUAUAUAUAUAUAUAUAUAUAUAUAUAAUAUAUAUAUAUAUAUAUAUAUAUAUAUAUAUAAUAUAUUUUUUCUUUUUAAUUGGAGUGAAUUAAAUCUCUGCUGUCUGACAAAUUAAAGAAAAUAAUACUAAUAAAACUAACUAAUAAAUUUGAAACUGAUUUUUUUAUUUAAAGGCAUACAAAGCAUCGGUGUGUUUUUCUUGGUUAAUUUAAUCUUUGUUUAGUUGAUACAGUGUUGCGAUUCUGUGCUGAUAGCCAGAACAGAAUGCAGAUGUCUUAUGUAGAAGGUCAAUCGGAAGCCCAGAACAUACCUAAACAUCAGCACUUUCUAUAACCUACAUGCAGGCAGUUAGAGCAGAAAGGUGCUUGAUUCAAGCUACUUCCUUAAUGUGACUGUGCUGACAUGUUAAAACUGUGCUCGUAAAGUUAACACCUUUCCAGACUCUUGCUUCAAGACCGUAACACCUCUGUAUCUUCCAAACACAGUUUUUAUUUUAAAGUAAAACUAAGAAGCUUUAUUAUUAAAACCCAGCACUCUGUAUUGCUUUAAUGUCUAAUCCUCCCUUUCUGUCAUUCUAUGAAAUUUGAAAGAUUUUUUUGACAUUAGUCGGUCUAUCCAGAUGACUUUCUGCAGAAAUGAAUCGACACAGAAACCCUGCUUCUACAGAAGAGCCACAGAUUAUACAGAAGGUGCAAUAGAAAGAGAAAAAGAUGAAACUACUACAGCCCGAGUCGCUCGCAUACGUAUUUAAUCUUUUAAUCUUCUGCAACUAGCAUCAUUUAAUGGAACUGAUAUCUCAGAACUCAGUAAAUUGCAUUGCCUGCAUAUAGGAAGCUUAUUAAAGGCAUUGGAACCAGAGUUCCCUUUGUGCUCCCGUCUAGGUGGUGCUAAACACAGAGCUACUCUCUAGUCCCCACUAGUGCUAGUAUACAAUGCUUGGGAAUCUGUGUGUUGCGGCCAAUUUGAUCUACUUCCAUGUUAAUAAAUUAGGCAUGACCUGUCAUAGGAAUAACUUUUCCUCACUGUAUGUACAGAACACAGUUAAUCAGUCAAACUUUCUUUUUAUUAUUAUUAUUAUUUUUUUUUUGGUCAGUGUUCUUGGCAAUAAAACAUAUCCCAUAUUACUGAUGCUUUUCAGAAUGUGUUGAAUUAUUUAAAGCUGUGUUAGACCGUGUUUGCUGUUGAAUGUCUUGUAGGGUAUUGGCUUUUCUGGUCUGGUGCUUUUGUGCAUGUUGGUCUACAAUUGUGCCCUUUUUAGUCAAACGAAAUUAAAAUAAAGGCCAGCUGCUUUUGUACCCUCUGCAACAUCGCUCGGAGAUCGCGCAUCCUUUGUGCCACGGGUGAUGGGUUACUUUGGUGGCGGUCGGGGGGGUUGUUUUAAUCCAUAGGUACUUCCAGUGGUUUCCCUUUUGAAUAAAUUACCAGUGAGGAAACGAGAACAGAAAGCAAUGGAGAUGUGUUUGUGAAGGGAUGACCAAGAUUGCUUCCAUUGCAUUAACCCUUCCCCGUGUGUUCUCCCCGGCACUGGUUUUCUGGGUCUGAAUAUUCAUAAUAUUUCGGAUGGCAGCUAUAAAACAAAUCAGCUCUUUGGCCAGGGAGACUGACAAGCCUAGCGGUGCUCCAUGCCAAGCAUUGGAUUGAAUGGAAUAGGACCCCCUCCCCCCCCGCCUCCCAUUGCCUGUCGGGUCCAGGUUUUACUUCAAGCUUAACAGACAAGCCUCAGCUUAGACAAACUGAGGUGUGUCUGAUUCAGCUUGAAGUACAUGGCUCAAGCUGCUGUGCAAUGAGAGUGUGCUGUCAAUUUUUUUUUUUCUUCUGAUAUCAAGUUUCCCAUUAAAUUAUUUAAGCAUCAUUUCACCUUUUCGGUAGGUGGGGGCUUUUAAUUCUGAUGUGAGUAAUGCUGGGCUGGGCUGGGGUGGGGUGGGGGGGGUUCACCGAAGCCAGCACUUCGAUAAGCAGGGCUGUGUCUCAGUGUGUGACGCCAGUGAAUUGGAAUUAGAUAAAAUGGGUUAGAUCCAUAUUAAAGUAGACCCACGGUUUGUAAAGCAUAUUAGAAGCAACUUUGGUCCCCUUAAAUGUAUGUAUGUGGACUGUGCUGUAAACCUGCAACAUACAGAACAGUCCCUUCACCUGAUCUGUGUGUAUACCAGAACCAUGUGUCUAACACUCUUAACUAGUAAGACAUGCAUUGUGUGGCUUCUCUUCAAUGUGGAUUUUUCUGAUGAUGCAAGACUUAAGUCUCGAAUGUGGGGGUUGGGGUGGGGAACAUUUAAAAAAGAAAAAGCAGAUUGUUUUGUUUUAAUUAAACCAUCCCAUGUAAAUGAUGUUAUAACUUUUUUUUGUCAACAGUUGACUUUUAAAUGUUAGAAAAUCAAUUCCUGACACUUCACACAUUCUGCUUCGUAAGGAAAAAAAAACUGAAUUUGAAAUGAUUUGGUAUUUUGUGAAUGAUCUUUUAAAUAAAAGAAAACCUUAAAUAA